AUGGCAGUUGACCAUGAGGAUGCUGGCAAGCGAUCAAAGACCCUCGACAUAGGCUUCAAUGGUGUUUCAGUAUCAACUGAUUUUCGCGGGACGAUCCUGCAAAUAAGCGCCUUCCAUCCCAAACAUGGCAUUGUUCUCGCUGAGCCCUAUGAGCAGUUCGAUGGCACGAGGUUCAGAGAUACUCCGUACGUACGAGAGUACCGAACCCGAAUGUUGAAGUCGGUCGAGACGGGCAAGCCAGGUUUUGGGCUGCGUUUUGAAGUCGAGAACCGGGACACGAAAGUAACCCUAGACGGUUUGGGCCGGGCGACAAUUUCUUCCCGCACAGUUGACGGUCUUGCAAUAACGACAUCUCUGCGCGUCACCGAAGAUGGAGAGGUCAUUCAAUAUUCGGAGGUGAGGUCUUUUUGCGACUCAACGUCCCUUAUAAUGUACACUAUGGAUUUUGGUAUCAGCGUCAACCGGGCAUCGUACGGGCAACUUACUGAAGGGGGACCAAUCCCAAUCCCCAAGUCAGAGAACAAGCUCAGCAUCGCCGAUGGUGGCCGGGGCAUUCUGAUCGUCAACGCUCCCCUUGGUGCACAACUUGAAGGACAUUUGGAAACCGACGGUCAAAGGGUCAACUUGCAGGAGGCUGUUCAAGAAAAGACUUUUGUGAACUGUCCUGUUGAAGGAGCGUGUUCUCAGACCUUGGUGAUCCCGCCACGAGCGUCGAGGGCGCUGACGGCAAAAUUCACCUUGCGGCCGGGAAUUGGUUUUCAGACGUCUCGCGAGGCAAAUCUUUCACCAGUAGUUGGAUUACCACCACUUUGGCGCGACCAAGAGACUACCAGCAAGUUCAUCGUUCGCAGAAACCUUGAGUACAUCCUUGGUAACUGCACGGUGCCGCUGUCGCCUUCCAAGCAUGCUGUUUGCCUCCUCACGGAUCAUGUUGCUUUACCACUCGGGUGGAUGAGAGACAAUUAUUGGCAGAUUCAAUUUCUGAUCCAAGUGUACCGGAACCUUCAGAGGUUAUCAGAGGGAGAAACUUGCGUCGCUUACUCUCAAGUGAUCAAAGCCACGGCGAAGGGCCAUUUGACAUGGAUUUUCCGAUAUGCACAGCAGCCACACCACUUCUGGCACAGGUCAUAUCUCACAACAGGCCGGCCCAAAGACGGGGCGGUGUUUCAGCUGGACCAGCAGUGCUAUCCGCUGCUGGAGGUCUGUGACUUCUGGGAGACCUUUCCAGAGGAACGAGCAUUUGUGGAAGAAAUCCUGAAGUCAGACGCUCUGUCUCAAGUCCUGGGCCUCAUCGAAUCAAAGAGAGAUCAAUCUACCGGACUCUUCCCGACUGAUGAGACUCCGGGCGAUGAUGUGGUAGAAUAUCCGUUCCACUUCUCAAGUCACAUUUUGUUGUGGCACGCGUUGUCCAGGCUUGCGAAAGUAAUGACGCAGGUGACGGGUUCUCCAUUGGGGAAGCGACUGGCGGGCUUCGCUGAAGACGUGCGUACCGCAACGUUGAAGCAUUUCCUGUAUGCUGAUCCAACGCGAGGAUCGCCCUCGUUCUCGUACCUGGUGGAUGGUGCGGGUCAGCGGACGUUUUACCACGAUGCCAAUGACCUGCCAACACUUUUGGCUCCCUUGUGGGGUUUCAUAAGGACCAGCAUUGAAAAGCAAGCGUGGCAAGGCACGAUGGAAUUCGCGUUCACCGCUGCAAAUGAAGGAGGGUACUAUGGUGACGGAGCUUUUGGAGGCUUGGGCAGCGUUCAUACGCCAGGACCGUGGACACUGGGAUACUUCCAGCAAUGGAAGUAUGCUCAGAUGACGGGCGACGCGCAGGGAGAGGCUGUAGCAUGGAAGAAGAUCUGUGGGGUGAUGUUGUGGGAUGGGACGUUUUCGGAGGCAGUGGAUGGGCACUCAGGGGAGUGUACGAGCAAAGCCUGGUUUAGCUGGCCUGGAUCGAUGAUCGGGAGCGGGUUGCUUUCGCCAGGAGUCAGAGAGAGGUACCUCUAG